AUUUUGCAUUUCCGGGUAGGGAGAACUGUUUUAUUAACUAACAGUUCUCCUCCCUGUCAGCUCGGGCACACUGCUCUGGAUGGCUGUGCACAGCACAGCCAUCCAGAGCAGUGUGAUUACAGUGAAGCACACAGACACUGCCCCUUAGUAAAAUACUCCCUGCACACAGUUAACCCUUUGAUCGUCCCUCAUGUUAACCCCUUCUUUCCCCGUGCCAUUAAUACAGUGUCAGUGCUUUUUUUUAGCACUUAUCACUGUAUUGAUGUCACUGGGGAUGUCAGUGACACCAAGUCAGUUCCUCCCAGUCCCAGAAUGCUCGCCACAGUCCCGCUAUAA